UAGCUGAUCCCCCGGCCUCCAUAUUGAAGUAAUUUGAUAGAAGCUUGUAGUCAGUGAAGGAGUCAAGUCUUCACAACUUCAGCCGGCAGAACAUCGGGUGCAUCCUGCGUCUUUGAGACAGCGGAUUUCCCGCAAUGACAAGCAUCUGCAGCAGAACAGAGUGCGGGGACAGCUCGUGAAACACCUGGGCACCGGCUAUUUACCGAGAGAAAUAAGCAGCAAUGGCGCGUUUUAUCGCGCUGUGGAUAGGAACUCUCAUCCAGCUUUGCCACGCAACGAUUUAUACAAACGACUGGGCGAUAAAAAAUAAGAGGGGACCUCGAAUCUGUGAACAGGAUAGCAGAGAAAUAUGGAUUUACCAACAUGGGACAGAUUGGAGACCUGAAGAGGCAUUACAGUUUUCGCCAUCACGAGACGGCGAAUCAAUCCAAAGUAGGCAACAAAGAAGUGACUGAUCGCGUCGCCAAGGAGACCAAGGUGGAAUGGCUCCAGCAGCAGGUGCUCCAGAGAAGAGUGAAGAGGAUCUCCAGAGCUGGUCAUAUCUCUCCCAUCCCCAUGAGGAGAAAGCUCCUCCCUGCUACGCACCAUCAGUCCAGCAACCACACGCAGGACUUCAGCAACCCAGUGUGGAACCGCCUGUGGUAUAUUCAGUGCAGUGACUCCAAAGCCUGCCAGUCUCACAUGAACAUUGCAGCGGCCUGGAGGAGAGGGUACACUGGGAAGGGUGUGGUGGUGUCUGUCCUAGAUGAUGGCAUCGAGAGAGAGCAUCCGGAUCUGAAGCCAAAUUAUGAUCCUUUUGCCAGCUUUGAUGUGAACGGACAAGACCAAGAUCGUUCUUCUAACAGUGCUGUUAACUACCAUGGGACUCAGUGCGCAGGGGUGGUUGCUGCGGCUGCAAAUAGCUCUCGGUGCACGGUCGGAGUUUCUUUCCACGCACGCAUAGGCGGCAUCCGAAUGCUGGAUGGAGAUGUAACAGACAUCGUGGAGGCCCAGUCGCUGAGCUACAGUCCACGGUAUAUUGAUGUUUACUUAGCCGGCUGGGGCCCAAAAGAUGACGGGGCCACUUUAGAUGGACCUGGACCUCUGACUCGUCUUGUUUUACAGAACGGCGUUCAAACAGGCCGGCAAGGGAGGGGCUCCAUCUUUGUUUGGCCGUCAGGAAACGGAGGGGAAAGAGGUGACUACUGCUCCUGCGACGGCUACAGCAACAGUAUCUACACUGUCUCUAUCAGCAGCAGCACUCAGCGUGGAAGCCAGCCAGAUUACCUGGAGCCGUGCCCCUCCACUCUGGCAACGGCGUACGGCGGAUGGGAAAGAGAGGAGAUGGUGACCGUGGGUCCACAGCAGAGCUGUAGCACGGCCCAGUCAGGGACUUCCCUCGCCGCCUCUGUAGCUGCCGGUGUCAUUGCUCUCACCUUGGAAGCCAACCCCUCGCUAACCUGGAGGGAUUUGCAGCACAUUAUUGUCCGAACAUCAAAAGCUCAUCACCUCAGUGCUCCUGACUGGCGUGUAAAUGGAGCCGGAUACAAAGUGAGCCACCUGUACGGCUUUGGCCUGCUGGAUGCUGAGAGCAUGGUGAAGGAGGCAGAGCGCUGGAAACAAGUCCCCUCACAGCAUGAAUGUGCGGAGGAGGCUGCCAUCCAGCUGAGCAGACUUAUUCAUCUGGGCUCGGCGCUAACGUCUGUGCAUGAGGCUACAGGCUGCUCCGGCAAGGCCCUGCAGCACGUCGCUUAUGUGGAGCACGUCGUGGUCCGGGUUACCAUAAGCCACGGUCGCCGUGGUGAUCUCUCCAUCACCCUCACGUCACCUUCGGGCACCACGUCGCAGCUGCUGGCAAACAGGCCUCUUGACAACUCCACCGAGGGAUUUCAGAACUGGGAAUUCAUGACAGCUCACUGCUGGGGGGAGCAGGCAGCGGGGGAAUGGACUUUGAAAAUCCAGGAUACUCCCUCUCAGAAGAGAGACGGCUCCAAACUAGGGGUGCUGGAGAAGUGGUCCCUGGUGAUUUAUGGCACAGCGGAGCGCCCGUAUCCUGCGCACCGCGAGCGAGCCAGAUCAGCUGAGAUUCCGACGGAUAGCGAUCUCAGCGAAGAAUACAACGGACCCUGCGACCCAGAAUGCGGUGAUGACGGCUGUGAGGGGCCAGGCCCGCAGCAGUGUGUCACAUGCUUGCACUUUUUUCUCAAGUUCAAGAACAACACAAGGUUGUGUGUAUCAGGAUGUCCCACGGGAUUCUGGGGUGACCGUCGGCGUUGUAAGAGGUGCUACGCCUCCUGUGAGAGCUGCACUGGAAGUCGAAAUGACCAGUGCACUUCCUGUCAGCCUGGCCAUCACCUGACUGAGGGGACCAAUACCUGCACAGCGAUCUGUGGGGAAAACUUCUACCUCGACCACGAUGCAAACAUGUGCAGAAAGUGCAGCGAAAACUGCUUGAAGUGCACCUCCUACAGCAUCUGCACAGAAUGCAAACCACACACAAGUCUACAGGGGAACCGGUGCCAGCGAAGCUGCGCGGCCGGAUUCUACCACGACCCGCAGGAAGUCGCGUGCAGGCCUUGUCACCAGGCCUGCGCUACCUGUGCAGGUGCAGGUGUUGAGGCGUGCAACACUUGUGCAGAAGGCUACUUGAUGGAGGAGUGGAGGUGCGUGUCCUCCUGCAGUGCUGGCUUCUACGCCACAGAACCAAACCCAGAGAUAGCUGAUGGGCACAGGAUAUGUAGGAGGUGUGACGCCAGCUGUCUCACCUGUGUGGGGCCGAGCCGAUGGAACUGCAGCAGCUGUUCCAGCGGUCACAGCCUGCAGAGGGGAGCGUGUGUUGUUAACACCGAGUGCACGGACGGAGAGUACCAGGACAGUAACGGGGAGUGCCACGCGUGCCACGCAACGUGCCUGAAGUGCACAGGGCCGCAAAGUGAAGACUGCAUCAGCUGUAUUUCUUCACAGGCUCUGGAUGAGGGCCGCUGUGUGGUGGGAUGCGCCAGUGGGAAGUACCAGUCGGGUGGCCGGUGUCACCUGUGCGACCACACCUGCGCCGCGUGUGUGGACGCGGGGCCUGCCAACUGUACUAGCUGUGACACCGAUAAGUUUAAGGUGGAGCGUUACCUCUAUAAAGGCGUGUGUCUGGACGCCUGUCCUGAGGCUUUCUACCACACCAAGCAGAGGACCUGCGAGCCCUGUGUAGACCACUGCCGACUCUGCACAGGCCCCAACCACUGCCUGAAGUGUAACUCCUCCUACUAUGUCUCUGAUGGACGCUGUGUUAAGCUGGAGUGUGGGGAAGGUGAGGUGGAAGACCCAGAUUAUGACGACUGCAUGACCUGCGAGGAAGGCUGCAAGAAGUGUGUCCUGUAUAACCCCAGGCAUUGUCUGUCCUGCAUUGAGGGCUUUUACAAUUUCCAGGAUGGCUGCUACAAAAACUGCCCGGCUAAGACGUACAGCGUAGAAGAAGAAAUGACCUGCGUUCCGUGUGACGACAACUGCGUGAGCUGCGAUGAACACGAGUGCUACUGGUGUGAGAGCGACCUCUUCUUAUUAGGUAAUUUGCCCCCGUCGGAGGGGAAGUGCGUUUCAGAAUGUCCGGAUGGUUUCUACGGCGAUGAAGACUCCAAUAACUGCGAGGAGUGUCACUCGGACUGUGUGACAUGUAGCGGCCCCGAGGACGAGGACUGUCUGUCGUGUGAGGAGGGAAAGGCGCUAGAAAACGGAGAGUGUGUGUCUGACCAUGAGGUCUGUCCCAUUAAGACCUUUCUCAGCGGCUGUGAGGAGUAUCACUUUCUCCACGAGGGCCUGUGCGUGCUAGACUGUCCGGAGAGGUUCUUUGAGGACAAAGAGCAAGGCAGGUGUUUGCAGUGCCACCCGGACUGCGCUUUGUGCGACGGUCCAAACAGCAACGACUGUGACGCCUGCACGGACGCAGAGGCCACCCUGCACAACGGGGCGUGUCUUGGAGCGUGUCCCUCCCAUACCUAUUUGGAUGGUAUAACAGGAGACUGUAAAGACUGCGAUGCGUCAUGUCUCACGUGCUUUGGACCUCAUGCUAGCUCCUGCACCAGCUGUAGAGAGGGUCAGAUGCUGGAUGGCAACAGCCAGUGCGUUCCAUCAGCCAAUAAGUGCUCGCCUCACCAGUACAUAGACCAGCACGGGGAAUGCCAUCCGUGUCACAAAUACUGCUACAGGUGUUCAGGUCCUGGCAAAACCCACUGCCUGAGCUGCAACCCAAGACAUCUCCUGCUCAAUGGCACCUGUGUGGAUCAAUGCCCAACAGGCUACUACGAGCAGCAGUCUGGGCAGAAAUGCGAACCCUGCCACGCUUCCUGUCAGUCCUGUGUUGGAAAGCACAACCACGAGUGCCUCACAUGCAAAGCCCACCUAUUUCGGGAGGGCAAAGAAUGCGUGGAGACCUGCCAGCACAGUCACUAUGGAAACACUGCCUCAAGAAUGUGUGAAAAGUGUGACCCCAGUUGUGGUGAGUGUAUUAGCGAUGAGGAGAACGGCUGCCUGAGCUGCGCUCCGGGCCUCAUUUACUUGCGGAAAGAAGGCCGUUGUCUCCCCUCAUGCCCUCAAGGAUACUACCACGACACUGUGCACAGGACCUGCGAGCACUGCCACGCCAGCUGCAGAACCUGCUCAGGAAAACUUCCCGAGUCCUGUGACUCAUGCUACCCUGGUUACCUGCUGUCAUAUGGCAGGUGUGAGUCCAUAUGCGAUAAAGGCCAGCAUCCCAUAAUAAAGGGUUCAAGCCACUCGUGUGAAGACUGCGAUAGUUCCUGUCUGGAGUGUCGGGGACCCGGUCCGUCCAACUGCACCGUGUGUCCUGCUCAGGCUAUUUUAGAGGCUGGAGGGCGCUGUCUACUUUGUUGCCACCACGAAGAUGAGGAGGAAGACACCAAAACACAGCAGCAAGACUGUUGUAACUGCACAGAGACACGGGGUGAGUGCAUUCUCAGCACCAACUUGGCAUUCAGGAAUGAGGAGGAAGAGGAUGCCAGAGGUAACCUGACAGUCUUCAUUAUAGCCUGCGUCCUGCUGGUGCUGGUUCUGGUCGCCGUCGUCAUCCUCAUCAGACCUGGGCUCCGGUGGGGAUACGGAGGCGGCUACAGCUCUGCUUCUUCUUACGGCGGCAGAGCCGGCUCCUCUGGCGGCCGAUUUCAGGAGUCCCAGCUGGUCGACCUCAGUGAACGUCGCUCAGGGAACAAGGAUGAUGACAAUGAUGACGACGAUGAUGAAGAUGAGGACAUUGUUUACAUGGGCCAGGACGGCACAGUGUACAGGAAGUUCCGAUACGGACAGCUGGGAGAGGACAACGAGGACGAGCUGGAGUACGACGAUGAAAGCUACACGUUCCGGUGA